AUGAAUGCAGCAAAUCAAACAGUAACAGAAUUUAUUUUUCUGGGAUUUUCUGGUGUUCUAUAUUUACGGCUUGCAUUAUUUGUGAUGUUUCUCACUGUAUAUCUGCUCUCCCUCAUGGGAAACACACUCAUCAUUUUCAUUGUUCUUAUGGAUUCGUCACUGCAGACACCGAUGUACAUUUUCUUAGGAAAUUUGUCCUUCUUAGAGAUCUGGUACACGACAGCCACAGUGCCUAAAUUGCUGGCCACCUGUCUCUCACAGGUUGUUACCAUCUCUGUUUCUGGUUGUAUAACCCAGUACUACUUUUUUUUCUCCAUGGGAGCUACAGAGUGCAUCCUGUUGGCAGUGAUGGCCUAUGAUCGGUAUGUGGCUAUAUGCAACCCUCUAAGAUACUCCUUCCUCAUGAGUCUUCAGGUAUGCCUGUGGUUUGCAGCUGGAUCUUGGAUUGGGGGCUUCAUUGCCCCUGUUCUACCUACUGUACUCAUAUCUUAUCUAAAUUUUUGUGACUCCCAAAAUAUCAAUCAUUUCUUUUGUGCCUCAGAACCAAUUUUUAAACUCUCCUGCUCAGAUACAUUCUUGGUGGAGGCCUUGGGCUACACAUGUACUGCUGUUGUGAUUCUAAGUUCUUUUCUUCUCACUAUGUCCUCCUAUGGACAUAUUGUGGUCACAAUAAUCAGGAUAUCUUCCCGGGAGACUCGGAAGAAAACUUUCUCCACCUGUGCCUCACACCUCACUGUGGUCACCAUCUAUUAUGGCACCAUUAUCUUUGCCUAUGUUCGCCCUCCAGCCAAGCACAACGAUACGAUGGGUAAAGUAGUCUCAGUGUUCUACUGUGUGGUUACCCCACUUUUAAACCCUCUUGUAUAUACCCUAAGAAACAAAGAUGUGAAGAAAGCUUUCAGAAAAGUUCUAGCAAGAAAAAGAUUUUUUUUGGCCAGACCUAUGCAGCAGAUUUGA